CCCACCCCGGCGUUGCCCUAGCUCGGCUCUCGCUUCCGCGACGCCCCCCAGCCUCCCCUCCCCCACCCCACGAACUCGCCUGGAAGGGGGGAAACGCUCCCCUAGAAAUCCCCCAAUUCGAGCGACCAGCGCCUCGAUUCAUCCCUCCCAGCCAAGCCCCCGGCCGGAUCUGAGCUCUGCGGAGGCACGCCGGCGCCGCUCCCCUUGUGGUGAUGGAUCCGCUGGCGAGGUACCCUCCCGGCAUCGGCAACGGCCGCGGUGGGAACCCUAACUACUACGGCCGUGGCCCGCCGCCGCCGCAGCAGCAGCAUCAGCAUCAGCAUCAGCAUCAGCAGCCACCGCAGCCGCACCACCACCAGUACGUGCAGCGGCAGCCGCAGCCGCAGCCGCAGCAAACGCAGAACAACAGCCAGCACCAGCAGUGGCUUCGGCGGAACCAGAUCACUAACGAGGCCGCGGGUGCCAGCGAGCAGAAGGCACCGCCUGUCCCGGACGGCAUAGAUUCGAGUUCACAAGACUGGAAGGCCCAACUAAAGCUCCCACCUCAAGAUACACGCUACAGGACAGAGGAUGUUACUGCAACCAAGGGAAAUGAAUUUGAAGACUAUUUUCUGAAGCGAGAACUUCUUAUGGGCAUAUAUGAGAAAGGAUUUGAAAGACCUUCUCCUAUACAAGAAGAAAGUAUUCCUAUUGCAUUAACUGGUAGUGACAUUCUUGCAAGAGCCAAAAACGGAACUGGCAAGACUGCUGCAUUUUGUAUACCUGCGCUAGAAAAGAUUGAUCAAGACAAAAAUGCUAUCCAAGUUGUGAUAUUGGUUCCCACAAGGGAAUUAGCUCUACAAACAUCACAAGUUUGCAAGGAACUUGGGAAACACUUGAAGAUUCAAGUGAUGGUCACUACUGGAGGGACCAGCCUAAAGGAUGAUAUUGUCCGUCUUUAUCAACCUGUUCAUUUACUUGUUGGAACUCCUGGCCGUAUUUUAGACCUUACAAAGAAAGGUGUCUGCAUCCUGAAGAACUGUUCAAUGCUUGUUAUGGAUGAGGCAGAUAAGCUGCUUUCUCCUGAGUUCCAACCUUCUGUGGAACAAUUGAUUCGGUAUCUUCCGUCGAAUCGGCAGAUUUUAAUGUUCUCUGCAACAUUCCCUGUGACUGUCAAGGAUUUCAAGGACAAAUAUCUCCCUAAGCCCUAUGUCAUUAACCUUAUGGAUGAACUUACAUUGAAGGGAAUUACACAAUUUUAUGCUUUUGUUGAAGAGAGGCAGAAAGUCCACUGUCUUAAUACUCUUUUUUCCAAGCUGCAAAUUAAUCAAUCAAUAAUAUUCUGUAACUCGGUAAAUCGUGUUGAACUACUGGCGAAGAAGAUCACAGAGCUUGGUUAUUCUUGCUUCUAUAUACAUGCUAAAAUGUUGCAAGACCAUCGGAACAGGGUUUUCCAUGAUUUUCGCAAUGGUGCAUGCAGGAACUUAGUUUGUACAGAUCUUUUUACAAGGGGAAUAGAUAUCCAAGCGGUUAAUGUUGUUAUCAAUUUUGAUUUCCCCAAGAACGCAGAAACAUAUCUCCAUAGGGUUGGUAGAUCUGGCCGAUUUGGCCACCUUGGUUUGGCCGUGAAUUUGAUCACCUAUGAGGAUCGGUUUAACCUGUAUCGCAUUGAACAGGAGCUUGGAACUGAGAUAAAACCAAUACCACCUCAGAUAGACCGAGCAAUAUAUUGCCAAUAGUUAUCUGACAGGAUGAUCUUGUAUGCUACUCUGGAAUUAAUAAGAUAACCUGUGUAAAUAUCAGCUCAUCAGGUAUCAUUUCAUGAUCUCACAUGGUGUAUCUUAAUCGAAGUUGUGUGGGGGGGGGGGGGGACACUCAGUAG